UUUAAACUAGUACAGCGAGUUUUCAUCGACUGCUCUCACUCUAAACUGUGUUUACGGUGUUGUAACACUACGUUUUAGGAUUUUAUCAGAAAUAUUGAGACACUUAACUUUGAACACAUGACAGUGGGGUGUGUGUUACUUAACAAUAAAGUAAGUGUUUUGCCAUGUGUUUGGCUCGGCUAACACAGAAAGCUAACGGCAGGCCCUGUUGCAGUGCAGUGCUACUGAACUCGCUUUCCCAUGAGCCCCCUCGCCGUACAGUAGCGCAGUUCGUGUCGCGCAUGCGCACAUUGGGAUAAAUUGAAUAUCAACUUGGCCAAAACAGCGGGUGAUAAAAUGCACAAGUUGAAGUCGUCGCAGAAGGACAAGGUUCGGCAGUUCAUGUCCUUCACGCAGGCCGGGGAGAGGACAGCCGUGUACUGCCUGACGCAGAAUGACUGGAAACUAGAAGUUGCCACGGACAACUACUUCCAGAACCCAGACCUCUACUACAAAGAAUCCAUGAAAACCUCCGUGGACCGCAGGAAGCUGGAGCAGCUCUACAACAGAUACAAAGACCCCCAGGAUGAUAAUAAGAUCGGUAUAGACGGGAUCCAGCAGUUCUGCGAUGACCUGACCCUGGACCCGGCGAGCAUGAGCAUCCUCGUGGUGGCGUGGAAGUUCAGAGCCGCCACGCAGUGCGAGUUCAGCAGGAAAGAGUUCCUGGACGGCAUGGCCGAGCUCGGCUGCGACAGUCCCGAGAAACUCAAGGCGAUCCUUCCCAGACUAGAGCAAGAGCUGAAAGACACGGGAAAGUUCAAGGACUUCUACCAGUUUACCUUCAAUUUUGCCAAGAACCCAGGCCAGAAAGGUUUAGACCUAGAGAUGGCUGUGGCUUACUGGAACCUAGUUCUCACAGGUCGCUUCAAGUUCUUAGAUCUCUGGAACCGUUUCCUGCUGGAGCACCACAAGCGCUCGAUUCCCAAGGACACAUGGAACCUUCUUCUCGACUUCGGCAACAUGAUUGCAGACGACAUGUCAAACUACGACGAGGAAGGGGCCUGGCCUGUCCUCAUCGACGACUUUGUGGAGUUCGCUCGGCCAAUCGUGACAGGAAGUAAACGCAGCGUGACAUAAUGUCGGUCCCGGGCUUUGUGCUGCGGGACACAGGAGUUUGUGUUUCUUCCAGUUUUUUUCUUUUCUUUGAAUGAGGUUUUUGAUACAAAUGAGCCAAAAAAAAAAAAGAGACAACUUCCCCAAUGAGCCUGUAUGAGCAGCUUGUCUUCACGAUUGUUCUUCCAACUGCAUAAGACGCCUCGGACGGAGAAAAGAGAGGGGGCGCGACCUGGAUGGAGAGCUGGUCCGGAGAGAGGAAAGCAGGAAGGGAAUCAACCGAAAGUAAAAAAAAUAAAUAAGAUUUUGUUGCCGUCUACUGGCCUGGACAGACUUUGGGAUUGCAAUAUGGAAGUGAUGCGUUCGCUCAUCACUCAAACUCCCAGUGGUUGUAGCUUUGAACUGUGGACUCACCAACGAGCACCAUUGGCGCAGUGAGAGUCGGCUUUUUCUUUCUCUCAGUUUCUUUAUUUCUUUCUUUCUUUCUUUUUUAGCACAUGCAGAGGAUUAAGUUAUAGAUGCAGUAGGACUCUCGUGAAUGAAACCAAUCUGCAUGUGCUGACGCUGCGGAGGAGGAACUAAAGCGAACUACAUUAUUUUGUGAUGCUCUCCGACAAUCACAAAGAGAGCAGAGGAAUGCGUGAUAGUAUGUUUGUGUGCGUGUGUGUGCGAUUGGUGGUGGUGGAGGAUGUGGGGGGAGUUAAAGAUAUCUCCUCUUUUAGGACACAAUGCUAAAUAUUUUCAUUAGGUUUUAUUAAUAUAAGUUAGGAUAUUAUGAUUCGCCUUUUACCGACCGGCAGCGGGAAAAAAAAAAACAUCCAGAUCCACGUUUUGUAUUCAGACUGAGAAUUUGGGACGUAAGCAGCAUGUUUCUGAGCUUGGCACCAGCAGAGUCGUAUUGUUACAGAAGUAAGAAAAAAAAAAUAAUAGUUUAUGUGAGAAAAAAACUUGGUGAGGAUUGGUUUAUAAUCAUAUUGGUACUUAAGACGCAUUUAAGAUCGCCAUUGUUUUUCCCUUUGCAGCGCGUAAUCGGACGCAAAGAGAAACAUUUCUGGACUGUUUUCUAUUAUCCAGGUGAUAAUGACUGGUCACCUCUACAAACUGCACUGAUCUACACUUUUUUUCUGUUAAUGUUUGUUUUCUUUGCAGCACUGUGUACAGCCUUUGAGUUUACAUGACAGUAGGUUUCACUUACAUAUAUAUAUUUUUUUUUUUAAUGAACAUCUACAUCACAGCCAUGGAGUGUUUUAACUGUUCGUUUACACUUUUUAUUUUUUAAUUUUUGGAGACACCUGUUGCUUUUUUUUGUGGAUGAGUAGAGAGGAAGCAAUGAACAGUGCGUGUGCUGCCACCUAGCGGCGGCUGUGUGUUACUGCACGCCUCAGUUAAAAACGCUACAUCACAAACUUGAGUCUUUUUAACCAAUAGAGGUCAGAGCUGCACUGCUUUUUUUUUUUCUUUUAUUUCAUUUUAAUUUAUUAUUAUUAUUGUUAUUUUUUUUUAUGCUACAUGCGGUGACAGAAGGUAGAGCUCAGGUACUAGUCUUUCUAGCACGUAGCUUCCUGUUCUGUUUCUGAACAGACAUUUGAGUUUUUGCUGUGUGUUGAAAACAAGAUGCAUCAGCCACUUGCAGGAGAUCUCAUUAGGGUUGAAGAACACAAUAAUGUUCAUGCAUCCAAAAAUCAGUCAUAAUCUGUGGUUGGUGUGUGUGAAUGUAGACACAAAAAAAAAAGGAGGUAAAUCAGCUUUUGAUUAGGAAUUCAGCCCCAGACUGAAUUUGAAUGAGAAAGGAGCCGAUUUAAGAUGUCAUCAUAGUAACUAGGUUACAUACGUGUUAGCUGGGUUAAGUGUUUCUGACUGUUGCAGACGCUGUCAAAGCGUCGCACACAGACGGAGAAAUGUGAGGAGGAAAAAAAAAAAAAAAAACCUGACAUCCUCAGGUUCAGGAGCGAGAAAACGCCUUUCAGUGUUCAGUUUGCUAAUAUGGUACGUUUUGGUACGUUGUCAAAUGUGUGGUCUUCUUCUCUUAAAAACAGUAUUAUUAUUAUUAUUAUUAUUAUUAUUUUUAUUAUUUUUUGCCGGCAAGAAAACCUUAGCAUUUACAAAAUAAUAUGUUUCGUCACAGAAACAUACCAUACCAUCAUUUUCUUGAAAAAUGUUGUCAAUAAAGCAUGUGGUUUUUAAACUG